ACCUUGAUAAUGAAUAACGACAAUAAUAAUUUGAAUAGAAUUGAUAGAAAUCCAUUAGAAGAUCAAUUCUCUGCUAUACAUCAAUCAAAAGUUCUACUCCCUUCUCCAUUAUCACAAUCACAUACAAAUGAAAUACCAAAUUUAGACUUAGAAGUACAAGAAUCUGAUGAUGAUAUCGUUGAAUAUGAUAACGAUAAUGACAAUGAUAUCGAUUCUUUAUCCACUUCCAAUUUACCUUUAAAGAAGGGACGUAAACUAGGUGCAAAGUAUUCUCUAAUCCCGGAUGGCGCACAGAAUAUAGACAUAAAUAUGCGUAAACGUAAAAGACAAGCUCCUUUACCAUUUAAUAGUCAGGUCAAUAACGCAAUUGCAUCAUCAAGUAAAGCACCUGUCAGGACUAGAGCACCAAAAGCGGAUCCUUAUAACCCUCAAGUACCUCCACCUGAUUUCGCUAAACCUGAUUAUAAAGUAAUCGAACAGCUUUUUGAACCAUUCAUUAAGAAACAGUUCGAGUUACAAGCACAAGGUCAGACACCACCACCAGUCAGAUUUCCAGUAAACAAGAGACCUGAUUAUAUCGUUUCAUCUGCACCACGCAUACCACAGAAUUAUAUAGUACCUGUUCCUUUAGACACUUACACUAAGGCUGAUUAUAAAACACGUAAAUGGUCAGAACAUACAAAGGAAAUCAGAAGUAUAAGUGGAAGUAAAUUACGAUUAAAAACUUGGUUAGGUAGUGAAGAGAGCGAAUAUUCUAAAAGGCCACCGCCACCUGUCAAUACUACAAAGAGUGCUAGCAAUCAAGGCGAAGAUCCAUCUACCGCUAUUAAUCCAGCUAAUAUAAUGACGCCAUCAGGUGUACCACUUAGUAAACUUGAUAAGCGUACUAGGGAGUAUAAAACUAUCAUGGCACAACAUAAAGCACAACUUGAACAAAAGAGAUUAGACGAAGAACGUCAAAGGUUAGAAGCUAAAGCAGCUUUUGAUGGUAUGCUAGAGACGAACAAGUCAGAAGAUGAUCCCUCUAGAAUGUCAAUCAAUAAUAUCGUUAUGUAACUUAUUAUUUAUUUAUUUUUAUCUGUCUU